AUGGCUGACGAUCCAAUGAAGGGAUUGGAGCAUUCCGAAGCUCAUUACUUCAACAGUUACAACCAUCAUGGUAUCCAUGAGGAGAUGUUGAAAGAUGAAGUCCGCACUCGAUCAUACAUGAAUGCUAUUGUACAAAACAAGCAUCUUUUCAAGGACAAGAUCGUUCUUGAUGUAGGAUGUGGUACCUCCAUUCUCAGCAUGUUCGCUGUCAAGGCCGGUGCUAAACACGUUAUCGGUGUCGAUAUGUCCACCAUCAUCGAGAAGGCCCGUGAGAUUGUCGAAGUCAACGGCAUGUCCGACAAGAUUACAUUACUUCAGGGAAAGAUGGAGGAGGUUGUACUUCCAUACCCAAAAGUUGACAUCAUCAUCUCUGAAUGGAUGGGCUACUUCUUGCUCUAUGAAUCCAUGUUGGAUACCGUUCUCUACGCUAGAGACAAGUACCUUGCGCCAAAUGGUCUGAUCUUCCCAGACAAGGCCACCAUUUUCAUGGCUGGUAUUGAGGAUGGAGAAUAUAAGGAUGAGAAAAUUGGAUUCUGGGACAACGUUUAUGGUUUCGAUUAUUCUCCUCUCAAGGCUACCGCUCUCACCGAACCUCUCGUCGAUACCGUCGAGAUCAAGGCUGUCGUUACCGACCCCACCGCAGUCCUCACCCUCGAUCUCUACACAUGCACCAAGGAAGAUCUCGCUUUCUCCUCUCCUUUCAAGCUUGAUGUUCGCCGCAAUGAUUUCGUCCACGCUCUUAUUGCAUGGUUCGAUAUCGAUUUUACCGCCUGCCACAAACCUAUUAGAUUCAGCACUGGGCCUCACACUAAAUACACUCACUGGAAACAAACUGUUUUCUAUUUGAGAGAAGUCUUAACUGUUGAGCAAGGAGAGCAAAUUGUUGGAAGAUUGGACAACAAGCCAAAUGAGAAGAACCCGAGAGAUUUGGAUGUCAAGAUUCAAUAUAAGUUGGAGACUACAGAUCCAUUGAGACAAGCUGAAGGAGGUGCUGAAUAUAAGAUGUGCUAG